AUGAGCUUUGAAAGGCAAGCGAGUCUCUACAUCGGUGGUGGCGGCUCCAAAGGCUUAACCGGCACAAACCAAGAGGAGAACAUGAAUGCAAACUGCGCUGAUCGGAUGAAAGAAUUUAUGAAACUUAUCUUCCUUCCUCCCUCUUGUUGUUAUGAUCUUUUAGAAGUUUGUUUGAUUUCCGGUCUUGAUGACGAUCACCGAGGCGCUCAUACAGCUCUGGCCAGAUGGAGUGACUUUCAGGUCAUGCUACAAGUCGUCAUUGUCUUCUCCUUCGGUGCUGUGCCCUUCCCUACCUAUGAAGGCGUUGUGGUGGAAAACGAACGCGAGUUUGGAUCGAUGUCUAGCCUGGUUGCCACCGUUUGUGACAAGAUUGGCGGUGUGAUGGAGGUGUGUAGUGCUACGAGGGAUGGGAGAACCUCGUCUGCCUUCACCAUCUCCAUGUUUCUCUGUCAUGCCAUUCAUCUUGGAAACGAUAGAACUUGUAAAUCGCCUGCCAAUGCAUCGUCUCGGUGUCUUCCUCACUCCAAUAUACACGCUCGUAGACGUGAGAAGCGUCUUCAGUUCCUUCUUCACUCUCACGGAUCUGUUCUGCAGCCGAGCGGAACUUCACGUUCGUUCGAGAGAGAUCAGUGA